AUGAAAACCAUUAUCGCUUUCGCCGCUCUCGUCGCCGUUGCUCUGGCAGCUCCUCCUCCAUUAGUACUUGAACACGUACCGGCAGUCCUCGUGAAAGAGGUUCCUUCAGAUAACAUUGGACUUGGUGGUUAUAAUUAUGGCUACGAACUUUCUGAUGGACAGGCCAAACAUGAAACUGCAGAAUUAGUCGAAGGCGGAGCUGAAGGUGCAUUCUUGAGGGUUCGCGGCAGCUUCUCCUUCGUUGAUCCACUUACCAACGUUCCAUACACUGUGAACUACGUUGCCGACGAGAAUGGUUUCCAACCACAAGGAGAACAUAUUCCCCACAAUUAA